AUGAAUAAGCAGAUCCGAAAUUCCAGUCCGCCGGCGGGCACUCCAAGCGAGCGACCCCGCCCCUCUUUGGAGGGCAAGCCCCAAUCGUAUACGGCGGGGGGCAAAGACUGCUUCGUAGGCCAGCAAGAUGCUGGCCUCCGUGAACACGACUUAGGCAACGAAAACGGUUUAGGAUUGAGCAAAAGUUUGGAUGUGAGGGAACUGAGAAGUGGGAGAAAAUCGGACAGAGUUCCGGGAAGAACAGACAAGGAAGCCAGGGUCAGUCUUACUAGACUGUCGGUCGGGCGGGACGCGCUAAUGGUGCUCCCCGGCCCGAGUAGGAAGGAUGCCACGAGCGACGGAGAGGACACGGAGGGCUCCGUCGUUUCAAUGAGAUCGGUGGCUUCAGCAGGUUCCGGAGUCUCUCGCGCUGCAAAGCGUGCAAGACUGCCAGGGCCUGCAACAAACGGAGGGUCGCCGAAGUCGAAGCGCAAGCCUCGACCUAGGCAAAAACCAGAGAUCGAGAUAGAUGAUAACGAUCCCUAUCUAUCCUCGGUAUCAGUGUCAUCCACACGAUCCAAGGACACUCUGCCCAGCGUGGAGGACCUGGCGUCGGAAAUGAGGGAACAGCCAGUGGCCGACCUAGGAGCUCGAAUCCUCGAGUCCAUGGAGACGGUCACCAAAGUCGCGGAUCACUCCAAGAACCUGAAGGGCAAUUUUGUACGGUCCUUGAGGUUGGCGGCGAUCACGGCAAAGGCUGCGGCAGGCGAAAUGGCGCAACGAACGGCGUCGAUUGGCAGCGAGGGAUGGCUUGAGAGGGAAAACGCAAACUUGCGCUCCAAACUCUCAGGGGUGGAGGAUAGGCUUAAGACCCUGCAGGCCGAGAUGGAGCUUCUCCGCCAGCGGGAGCGCGCGCCUCCUAGAAAAGAGGACAGAAGACAGCCCGCCAGGGGCGCCGAUGAAAUCCUAAUGGAUCGCAUCGGAGCCCUUGUCGAAAACAAGCUGGCUGCCUUCAAGGCGGAACUACUCCCAGGCCGAGCCAUCAGGCCGCCCCUGGGUAAGAGGCUGGUGACAAGCGACGCUCCAGCAGCGGCGCUACCACCACCGCCGCCACCUAAGCCGAGAAGGGGCUCUGACGAGAUCCUCAUGGAUAGAGUUGGAGCCCUGAUCGAGAGGAAGCUGGCCGACUUCAAAGCUGAGCUGUACCCGGACAGGGUCCGCAGACCGAACCAGGAACCAGCUCCAGUCGCUUCAGUAGUGGCGCCUGCGACAGCAGCGCCCAAGAAGAAGAAGAAGAAAGCAAAAAAGGGUGGGAAGAAAGGUGCCAACCUGCAGCCGCCCCCAGUGCCGAAGGGUGCUCCGGCAGUGACAGCGACAGUAGCGGGUCCCUCAGGACUUCAGACCCGUUCAUGGGCCCAGGUCGCGGGCAAGAAGCCUGCCUCUCGACCAUCUGAGAGGGCAGCUGCUUCAAAGCCCAAACCGGCUAAGCCACAAAAGCCAGCCCAACAGGCGAGCAGUGUUAGAGCCAAGCCAGCUCGGCCCCCUAACACUGCUGUUGUGGCCGUGACUGUCCACGAAGGGGCUGACACCACCUAUGCUGCGGUCAUGGGUGCAGCAAAGCAGCGCGUGAGUCUCGCAGAAUGCGGGAUCUCUGAUCUUCGGCAGAAGAGGGCUGCGACCGGUGGACUGAUCCUAGAGGUCCCUGGUCCUGACAGUGCUAGGAAGGCAGAUGACCUCGCCGCGCGCCUGCGCAGCGCUCUCACGGAUAUGAAUGUGCGCAUAUCGCGUCCGGUGAAGACUGGCGAGAUCAGGGUCACGGACUUUGAUGAGUCCGUAACCCAGGCUGACAUCGCUUCUGCGAUCGCGGACCAGGGGGGCUGUUCGCGGGAGGAUGUCAAAGUCGGAGAAAUCCGCCUUUCGCCACGGAUGAUGGGCACAGCUUGGGUUAAGUGCCCGCUCAUCGCUAUCCGCAAACUCGCAGGCACGGCGAGGCUAAGAGUGGGGUGGGCGUCGGCGCGAGUCCAGGUGUUAACGGCUAGGCCGUUGCAAUGCUUCAAAUGUCUGGAGAUGGGACAUGUCAGAUCUCAAUGUCCCAACGCCGAGGACCGCAGCAGCUGCUGUUACAAAUGUGGCCUGACUGCUCAAGACCUACUGCUGCAGACGCUCGCGGAGUGGUCGAUUGCACUGACAGUUGUCGGAGAACCCUACCGCGUUCCGGACCAUCCUCGAUGGUUCCCAGGCGAUGGCGGUUCCGUGGCUAUACACUGGGGAGGAGGACGAAGCGACCCUCCCUGUUCCCUGCUCUGCAGUGGUCAGGGAUUCGUCGCAGUGGAAUGGGGGCAUUUGGCGGUGGUCGGAUGCUACAUCUCGCCCAAUUGUCGCCUCGAAGCAUUCGAGUCUUACCUGGACUUGGUGGCAAACUGCAUCCGCAGCUGCCGCCCUCGUCCAGUGCUUGUGCUGGGGGAUUUCAAUGCCCACGCCAGACAAUGGGGAGGUGCUCGGGACACACCAAGGGGCGAGACUCUGCAGGAGUGGGCGGACGGAAUAGACCUGCGUUUGCUAAACCAGGGGUCCGUAAGCACCUGUGUGCGGUGGCAGGGGGAGUCGGUCGUCGACUUGUCGUGGGCGACUCCCGCUGCAGCGCGCUUAGUGUCCGGUUGGCGAGUGGCGGAGGAGCUGGUCACUCUCUCCGACCACAGACAUAUCAUCAUCGAUGUCUCAGUUCGCCAACCGGAACGCUCUCAGAGUGACGUGGGACCGCCGCGCCGUUGGUCCCUGAAACUACUUGACCAGGACCUCCUUGUAGCGGCGGCCAACGUCGCCUUGUGGCCGGGCGGAAGGAUCGCUUCCGACCCUGAACAGGAAGCGUCCUGGUUUCGGAGCGCGAUGACGUCCAUAUGUGACGCGUCGAUGCCCCGAGUGUAG